UAUGAUCUGUUUCUUAGGUUCUGUCUCCUGUCCCUAUGGAUGUAUCUAUGCAAGAGGAGGAUUUGUGCCAAGCCUUUUCUGAUGUGUUGCUCAACAAUAUAGUGGACAUUGAUGCUGAUGACUGGGACGAUCCUCAGCUGUGUAGUGACUAUGUAAAAGAUAUCUAUCUGUAUCUGAGAGAGCUCGAGCUGCAGCAAUCGAUCCGCCCCAAUUACCUUGAUGGGAAGACAAUCAAUGGGCGUAUGCGUGCGAUUUUAGUUGACUGGCUUGUCCAGGUCCACUCAAGAUUCCAGCUUUUGCAGGAAACACUGUAUAUGUGUGUUGCGGUUAUGGAUCGCUUCUUACAAAGUCAUCCAGUAGCUCGUAAGAGGCUUCAGCUGGUGGGUGUAACAGCACUGCUUCUAGCCUCAAAAUAUGAAGAGAUGUUUUCUCCUGAUGUAGCAGACUUUGUUUACAUUACUGAUAAUGCCUACACGAGUGCUGAAGUUAGAGAAAUGGAGAUUACAAUUCUUAGAGAGCUAAAUUUUGAUUUGGGACGACCUCUUCCAGUUCACUUCUUAAGAAGAGCAUCAAAAGCUGCAGAGGCUGAUGCUAAGCAACAUACACUGGCAAAAUACCUAAUGGAGCUGACACUGAUAGACUAUGAUAUGGUUCACCAUCGUCCUUCAGAGAUUGCAGCUGCUGCGUUAUGCUUAUCCCAGAAGAUUCUGGGACGUGACAAAUGGGGUACAAAGGAGCAGUACUACACCGGGUAUACAGAAGACAGUCUUGUGAUGACUAUGAAACAUAUGGCCAAGAAUGUGGUCAAAGUGAAUGAGAAGUUAACAAAAUACACUGCUGUAAAGAACAAGUAUGCAAGUAGCAAACUACUGACAAUCAGCACAAUCCCUCAACUGAGCAGCAAGACAGUCAAAGACCUGGCUUUAUCGCUCUUAGGAUAACCCUAGGCAGCCAAGUCCUGAUGGUGUAUGCACUUU